GUGAGGGAGAGGGUGACAGUGUGUAUGAGAAAGAAGGAGAGAAAGAGAGUGACAAAAGCAGUUAGUUCCAUGGACUGAAAGUGGAAAACAAGCAAGAGGGAAGGAGGGAGGGAAAGAAAAGUGUUUGAGAGAAAGAGAGAUCUUCUCCCCUCUGUUCUGGUGGCUGUUUUCUUUGCUGUGAGCCUGAGAAGGGGGAGGACCUAAACUCAGCGCUCAGAGUCAAUACUGGACCCCUACUGGACUCCAAUGCCCUUACUGGAGUCCACCGCGCUACAUACAAACACGCUCUCACACACACACACACACACACACAUACUCUCUCACACGGUGACACACACACACGCUCCCUCAGACCCCUGCAGCUACUGCAGCCUACUACUGCAGAACGGAGCAGAGGGAGAAACAGAGAACGAGAGGGAGAAAGGAGGGGAAGUCGUUCGUUGUUACUACUUGUUGCUGAUUGCUUUCCGUGCGGUGCGUUGAGGAUGAUAUUCCCUGUCUUUUCCUAGCGGGAGCUUGUCUGAGCAGGAUCGCCCCCUGAGAGAACAGGCCGCAGACGGAGUAUGCCCGGUAGCACCCCGGACAAGACCAUACCACCCAUGGAACCUGCCGCCGCAGCCACGCCCUUCAGAGUCACCGGCUUUCUGAGUCGGAGGCUGAAGGGUUCUAUAAAGCGUACUAAGAGCCAGCCCAAACUGGACCGUAACUCCAGCUUCAGACACAUCCUGCCUGGAUUCAGGAGUGUGGACAAUGAGAGUUCUAAUCUGAUGCCGAGGCUGAAGGAGUCUCGCAGCCACGAGUCGUUGCUCAGCCCCAGUAGUGCUGUGGAGGCCGUAGACCUCAGCAUGGAGGACGAGGUGCUCAUCAAACCUGUUCACAGCUCCAUCCUCGGACAGGACUACUGCUUCCAGGUCACCACCUCAACAGGAAGUAAAUGUUUCUCCUGUCGAUCUUCAUCAGAGAGGGACAAGUGGAUGGAGAACCUGAGGAGAGCCGUCCACCCCAACAAGGACAACAGCCGUCGGGUGGAGAACAUGCUGAAGCUGUGGAUCAUCGAAGCCAAGGACAUUCCGGCCAAGAAGAAGUACUUCUGCGAGCUGUGUCUGGACGACACCCUGUACGCCCGCACCACCUGCAAGCUCAAGACCGACAACGUCUUCUGGGGCGAGCACUUUGAGUUCAACAACCUCCCGGCUGCCAAGAGCAUCACGGUCCACCUCUACAAGGACUCGGACAAGAAAAAGAAAAAAGACAAGAACAAUUACAUCGGACUGGUCAACAUCCCAGUCGCUGCGGUGACGGGAAGGCAGUUCAUGGAGAAGUGGUACCCGGUAAGCACUCCGACGCCCAACAAGGGGAAGACGCCAGGGCCCAUGAUUCGGAUCAAGGCCCGCUACCAGAGCAUGAACAUCCUGCCUAUGGAGAUGUAUAAGGAGUUUGCAGAGUACACCACCAAUAACUACAUGUUGCUGUGCUCCGUGCUGGAGCCUGGCAUCAGUGUGAAGAACAAGGAGGAGAUGGCUUCUGCCCUGGUCCACAUUCUACAGAGCACCGGCAAGGCCAAGGACUUCCUGACAGACCUGAUGAUGUCAGAGGUGGACCGGUGUGGGGAGAACGAGCACCUGAUCUUCCGAGAGAACACGCUGGCCACCAAGGCUAUAGAGGAGUACCUCAAACUAGUGGGGCAGAAGUACCUACAGGAUGCACUCGGUGAGUUUAUCAAGGCGUUGUAUGAGUCAGAUGAGAACUGUGAGGUGGACCCGUCCAAGUGUUCGUCCAAUGACCUGCAGGAGCACCAGAGCAACCUGAAGAUGUGCUGUGAGCUGGCCUUCUGCAAGAUCAUCAACUCCUACUGUGUGUUUCCACGGGAACUCAAGGAGGUGUUUGCAUCGUGGCGACAGGAGUGCAGUAGCCGGGGGCGACCGGACAUCAGCGAGCGUCUGAUCAGCGCGUCUCUGUUCCUGCGUUUCCUGUGUCCGGCCGUUAUGUCCCCGUCGCUUUUCAACCUGAUGCAGGAAUACCCUGAUGACCGCACCGCACGCACACUCACACUCAUCGCCAAGGUCACGCAGAACCUGGCCAACUUCGCCAAGUUUGGCAGUAAGGAGGAGUACAUGUCCUUCAUGAACCAGUUCCUGGAACAUGAGUGGACCAACAUGCAGCGCUUCCUGCUGGAGAUCUCUAACCCAGAGACCAUCUCUAACACUGCAGGGUUCGAAGGUUACAUAGACCUGGGACGGGAGCUUUCCACCCUGCACAACCUGCUGUCAGAGGUCGUCUCUACCAUGGACCAGAGCUCCGCCUCCAAACUAGGCCCCUUACCCAGGAUCCUCCGGGAGGUGAACACAGCGCUGAACAACCCGUCCAGCAUGACCAUGGCCAUGACCGCUCCGUCCUCCUCUGACCGUAUGGGGUCACCGCCCAAUGCCGGGGCAGGCUGCAGCAUCUCCACCGGCCUACAGAAGAUGGUCAUCGACAAUGACCUUUCAGGGUUGGUGGACUUCACCCGGUUACCCUCCCCCACCCCGGAGAACAAGGAACUCUUCUUUGUCACCAGGAACGCUGGGAUCCAGCCCACCCCGGCCCGCAGCUCUAGCUACUCUGAAUCCAAUGAGCCCGACCUGGGCAUAGCCAACAGCAGCAAGAGCCUGUCCAUGGUGGACCUCCAGGACCCCCACAGCUUAGAGAGUGGCCCAGGCCCUGGCCCGUCAGACGGCCUGGGAGAGGGCAUCGUUCCUGGGGGAGUGUGGUCGGCCCGAACCCCCCAGGGGAACAUCACUGGAGGUCCUACUCUGAGAAGGCCCGUCCAGACCCCCACCACCCCCGGAUCGGAGAGCGCCCCAGGCAGACCUGCUCAGCUUCUAGCCCCCCUGUCCUUCCAGAACCCUGUCUACCAGAUGGCGGCAGGGCUGCCCUUGUCGCCGCGGGGCCUGGUCGACUCGGGUUCUGAGGGCCACAGCUCCCACAGUUCCCAUAGCAACAAUGAGGAUGGGCCAGGAGGAGGAGGGGGGAUACACAACUCCUUCCUGAACCACGGAGUAGGAGGUGGGGGGAGCAGCGUGGAGGAGUAUGCCCUUCGUUCGGGGGAGUUCAUAGGCACGCGGAGGCAGCUGUCACUCACAGAGGCCCAGCACCAGCCCACCGUGCCCAGACAGAAUAGCGCCGGCCCCCAGCGCAGGAUAGACCAGCCCCCUCCACAGACCACCGUCACCAGGGGCCGCACGCCCCCAAACCUGCUCAACAGCGGGCCCUACCCGCGCCCCUCCAGCAGCAGCAUGAUGUCAUCCCCCGACUGGCCCGGCAACGGGGCGCGGCUACGGCAACAGUCGUCAUCAUCAAAAGGAGACAGCCCAGAGAGCAAGCAGAGAGCCCAGCACAAACAGGCCCCCUCCCCAGUGAAGCCCAAUGCACUGGACCGUACGGCUGCCUGGCUGUUGAAUAUGAAUGUUCAGUAUGUAGACCAUGAGGGGAUGGACCCCGAGUUCAGAAACAGAGAGGAUCUCACUCAGGCCGAGAAGUACCAGCAGGAGAUUGUGGUCCUCCAGGAGAAGCUGCGUGUGUCGGUCCAGAAGCUGGAGGAGUAUGAGGCUCGUCUGAAGGGUCAGGACGACGGUGCUCAAAAGGUGCUGAUGGAGUACCAGGCACGGCUGGAGGAGUCUGAGGAACGCCUGAGACGACAGCAGGAUGACAAGGACCUCCAGAUGAAGGGUAUUAUAAGCAGGUUAAUGUCGGUGGAAGAGGAGCUAAAGAAAGAUCACAAUGACAUGCAGGCUGUGGUUGACUCCAAACAGAAGAUCAUUGAUGCACAGGAGAAACGUAUAGCGUCCCUGGACACGGCCAACGCCCGUCUGAUGAGUGCCCUGACCCAGCUGAAGGAGCGCUACAGCAUGCAGACCCGUAACGGCAUCUCCCCCACCAACCCCACCAAGCUCCAGAUCACUGAGAACGGAGAGUUCAGGAACAGCAGCAACUGCUAGAGGCAGAGAGAAAGAGUGUGUGUGUGUGUGUGUGUGUGUGUGUGUGUGUGUGUGUGUGUGUGUGUGUGUGUGUGUGUGUGUGUGUGUGUGUGUGUGUGUGUGUGUGUGUGUGUGUUGGCUGGUGCUUGUAGAGGACACUUGCUUAUAUGGACACUACAUGGUGAGGAGAAUGUGAGUGAGGAGACCACUGCCUGGGGCCAAGCGAGGAGGCGGGUCUUCAGUUUGACAGACAGCAGACCAGGAAAGAGACAGCGAAUCAAUGGCCAGAGCUGAACACCAGAUGGGCCUUGCAGAGGAGAAGCCGGGACAAGCUGUAGACAUGAACUGAACUCUCCGUCAAUCAAUCGACUUGGAUGUUUCCAUUGGAUGUAUGCAGUUGCUGGGACAAUUUCAGGCUCUCUUCCCUAAAGCUUGGGUCAAACCACUAUAUAAUCAACACAUUGUCUGUCAGAUAGUCACCGAAAACCUCUUUACUCUCCUCUUCUCUUCUCUUCUUCUCUGUUCUCCUUUCCUCUCCUCUUUUCUCUUCUCUGUUUUUCUCUCCUUUCCUGACCUCCUCUCUUCUUCUCUCUGCUAGGAGCAGGUUAUGUGGACCUUGUACAAAACAAUAACAAAAACAAUGGUUUAUUUAGAUCUUAUCUCAUUCUUUUAAAAACCAAAUAGGAGCUUUGAAAUAUUUUUUGUCCAAACUGAUCUUUAUUUUUAAGUCCCUGAGUGUGUUCCAAAGUGCCCCACUAUCCCCUACCCCCAUGUCCCCUACAUAGUGCACUUUGUGAAAGUCAUUGGUACAUGAAACGCCUUAAGUAAGGAACACACCUCUACUUUGUCCUUCAGCCCCCUUCUUCCUGCCAUAAAAGGCACAACUUAUAAUACUGUGGAUUUGUAAAGGAAUACAUAUACUGUAUAAAUACAUCACGUAAUGUAUUAUAAACCCUAAAUAAUGAACUAUAUGUGAGACUAUAUUAAUGAUAUUUAAUAUAGAUGUAUGCAUAUUUAUUUUUUUCCUCUAUAAAGUAUACAUGAGAUAUAGUUAUAUUUGAAAGACUGCAGCUAUACUGUGUAUUAUAGGGCAUAGGGGGAGAGACUGCAGCUAUACUGUGAGUAGUACCAUCAACAGAUUAAAUAGUUAGAAUGCUAUUUUAUUUCUUCUAAACCUUUAGUUUAUCCAGGUUUUCUGGACAGACCUGGUUGGGUCGAGGUUUGCUUUAGUGCUUCAUCAUUAAUGUUGAAUCAACGUUGAAUCAAUGUUGUAUGUUGGUUGUGUGUCCCUCUGCAUUUGGAGCUAUAGGACAGGCUCAUUGUAAUGGCUUGAAUGGAAUGAAUGGUCAGACAUGGUAUCAAACACAUGGCAACCACAUGUUUGACUCCAUUCCAAAACUCCAUUCCAGCCAUUGCACUGAGCCUGUCCUCCUAUAGCUCCUCCCACCAGCCAUGGUUGGUCUCAUAGCCCCUGUAGUACAAGGAGAGAGAGAGUUGUGUUGUUUAACACAACAUUAUACUAUACACUGGACUGGUGUCGGUCACGUGACCUCACAGAUUAGAAUAUUACUUUUUCUUAAAACUCUUAAGUAAGAAUGUUACUCUUAAAACUCCUGUUUGUAAAUUAAUGUCAAUGAAGCAUGCUGCAUCGAGACUGUGACCUCCCACUUCGCUUUCAAGCAUCUCUCUCUCCUCUAUUUCUCUCCCCUUCUCCUUCAUUCCCUCUCUCCAUCUCUCUCUCCUCUAUUUCUCUCCCCUUCUCCUUCAUUCCCUCUAUCCCUCUCUCUCUCUCCUCUAUUUCUCUCCCCUUCUCCUUCAUUCCCUCUCUCCCUCUCUCUCUCCUCUAUUUCUCUCCCCUUCUCCUUCAUUCCCUCUCUCCCUCUCUCUCUCUCCUCUAUCUCUCCCCUUCUCCUUCAUUCCCUCUCUCCAUCUCUCUCUCCUCUAUUUCUCUCCCCUUCUCCUUCAUUCCCUCUCUCCCUCUCCUCUAUUUCUCUCCCCUUCUCCUUCAUUCCCUCUCUCCCUCUUUCUCCUCUAUUUCUCUCCCCUUCUCCUUCAUUCCCUCUCUCCCUCUCUCUCUCCUCUAUUUCUCUCCCCUUCUCCUUCAUUCCCUCUCUCCCUCUCUCUCUCUCUUCUGAAUGUGAAGAUGCUACUCAAACACAGUUGGUCUUAAAAUUGGGUGUUUAAGUCCUUCUGAAUGAUCCGAUAGCUGCUGUUCGGCUCGCCCCCACCAGACAUUUCAACAUCUAUAUUUGGUAUAUUUUUCUAUUCCUUUUUCUUACCUUUACAGAUUAAUUAAUAUGAGUGAUGAAAUCUGCAUGCUUCAUUUUGGUGCUAUAACCAAUGGUAGCGCCAGACUGUUAGCUUUUGUUUUCGGUUGCCAAUAUAGGAAGAUGAUGAACUUCUUUUUUUAUGAGUUGCUACAGAAAUAAACAUAUAUAAUAUGUGAUUAUAUAUCCUAUUAUAUACAGUUUCCAGUCCAAAGUUUGGACACACCUACUUAUUCAAGUUUUUUUUCUUUAUUUUUAAUAUUUUCUGCAUUGUAGAAUAGUAGUGAAGACAUCAAAACUAUGAAAUAACACAUAUGGAAUCAUGUAGUAACCAAAAAAAGUGUUAAACAAAUCUAAAUAUAUUUAGUAGCUAACCUUUGCCUCGAUGAUAGCUUUGCACACUCUUGGCAUUCUAUCAACCAGGUAGUCACCUUGAAUACAUUUCAAUUAACAAGUGUGCCUUGUUAUAAUAAUGUAUUUCCUUCUUAACGCAUUUGAGCCAAUCAGUUGUGUUGUGACAAUGUAUGGGUGGUAUACAGAAGAUAGCCCUAUUUAGUUAAAGACCAUAUUAUGGCAAGAACAGCUCAAAUAAGCAAAGAGAAAUGACAGUCUAUCAUUACUUUAAGACAUGAAGGUCAGUCAAUAUGGAACCUUUCAAGAACUUUGACAGUUUCUUCAAAUGCAGUAGCAAAACCCAUCAAGGCAAUGAUGAAACUUGCUCUUGCGAGGAACGCCACAGGAAAGGAAGACCCAGAGUUUCCUCUGUUGCAGAGGAUAAGUUCAUUAGAGUUAACUCCACCUCAGAUUGCAGCCCAAAUAAAUGCUUCACAGAGUUCAAGUAACAGACACAUCUCAACAUCAACUCUUCAGAGGAGACUGUGUGAAUCAGGCCUUCAUGGUCAAAUUGCUGCAAAGAAACACUACUAAAGGACACCAAUAAGAAGAAGAGACUUGCUUGGGCAAAAAUAACACGAGCAAUGGGCAUUAGACCGGUGGAAAUCUGUCCUUUGGUCUGAUUAAUCCAAAUUUGAGAUUUUUGGUUCCUUCCUCCAUGUCUUUGUUAGACACAGAGUAGGUGAUCUCCGCAUGUGUGGUUUCCACCGUGAAGCAUGGAGGAGGUGUGAUGGUGUGGGGGUGCAUUGCUGGUGACACUGUCAGGGAUUUAUUUAGAAUUCAGUGAUACGCCAUCCUACCUGGUUUACGCAUUGUGGGGUUAUCAUUUGGUUUUCAACAGGACAAUGACCCAACAAACCUCCAGGCUGGGUAAGGGCAUUUGACCAAGAAGGAGAGCGAUGGAGUGCUGCAUCAGAUGACCAGGCCUCCACAAUCACCCAACUUCAACCCAAUUGAGAUGGUUUGGGAUGAGUUAGACCACAGAAUGAAGGAAAAGCAGCCAACAAGUCCUCAGCAUAUGUGGGAACUCCUUCAAAACUGUUGGAAAAGCAUUCCAGAUGAAACUGGUUGAGAGAAUGCCAAUAGUGUGCAAUGCUGUCAUCAAGGCAAAGGGUGGCUACUUUGAAGAAUCUAAAAUAUAUGUCACGUCUACUCCCGCUCCCCCUCUCUGGCGCUAGUUGUCACCAGUUUACUCAUUAUUACGCACAACUGUCAUCGUUACGCUCACCUUCCUGAUUACCUCCCCUACAUCUGUCACUCCCUUUGGUUCUUUCGCCAGGCGUUUUUGACUCUGUUUAUAUGUUUCAUGUCUGUAUGCUACUCGUGUCUCUUCUUUUGUUCCAUGUUCGUUUAUUAAUUAAAUUCACUCCUUGUACUUACUUCCCGAUUAUUAGCAUACACGUUAUUAGCGUACACGUUAUUAGGGUACACGUUAUUAGCGUACACGUUAUUAGCGUACGCGUUAUAGAAUAACACCUCACCAAAGGGAAGCAACAGGGAUGAUUUUUUUACUGGUGACGUCGGGUCCAAGGGCAGCUGCAGAAGCAACCAGGGAUGCCUCAGCUGGCUCGUCAGGCUUCCAUGACAGCUGGCUCAUCAGGCUUCCAUGACAGCUGGCUCGUCAGGCUUCCAUGACAGCUGGCUCGUCAGGCUUCCAUGACAGCUGGCUCGUCAGGCUUCUGUGACAGCUGGCUCGUCAGGCUUCCGUGACAGCUGGCUCGACAGGUUCUCAAGCCUCGGUUGGUUCGUCAGGCUUCCAUGCCUCAGCUAGCUCGUCGGGCUCCAUGCCGGCUCUACAGGUUCCCACGCCUCAGCUGGCUCUGCAGGUUCCCGCGCCUCAGCUGGCUCUGCAGGUUCCCGCGCCUCAGCUGGCUCUACAGGUUCCCGCUCCUCAGCCGGCUCUACAUGUUCCCGCGCCUCAGCUGGCUCUGCAGGUUCCCGCUGCUCAGCUGGCUCUGCAGGUUCCCGCACCUCAGCUGGCUCGACAGGUUCCCGCUCCUCAGCCGGCUCUACAUGUUCCCGCGCCUCAGCUGGCUCUGCAGGUUCCCGCUGCUCAGCUGGCUCUGCAGGUUCCCGCACCUCAGCUGGCUCUACAGGUUCCCGCGCCUCAGCUGGCUCUACAGGUUCCCGUGACUCAGCUGGCUCUGCAGGUUCCCGCGCCUCAGCAGAAGAGAUCGGCCUGCUGCUGGUCCUCGGGACCGUCCCUCUGGUCGUCGUCCUGCGGCUGGAGCCGCACGUCAGGGAGGGGGUACUGUCACGUAUAAUCCUGCUCCCCCUCUCUGCCGCUCAUUGUCUCCAGUUUACUCAUUACUAUGCACAACUGUCAUCGUUAUGCUCACCUGGCCUCAUGAGACUCACCUGGACUCCAUCACCUUCCUGAUUACCUCCUGUAUAUCUGUCACUCCCUUUGGUUCUUUCCCCAGGCGUUAUUGACUCCAUGUUUCAUGUUUGUACGCUACUCGUGUUUCUUGUUUUGUUCCAUUUUUGUUUAUUUAUUAAAUUCACUCCCUGUACUUGCUUCCCGAUUUAUUAGCGUACACAUUAGUAUAAAAUAUAUUUUUAUUCGUUUAACACUUUUUUUGGUUACCACAUGAUUACAUGACUACAUGAUAUGUGUUAUUUCAUAGUUUUGAUGUCUUCACUAUUAUUCUACAAUAUAGAAAAUAGUCCAAAUAAAGAAAAACCCAUGAAUGAGUAGGUGUGUCCAAACUUUUGCCUGGUACUGUAUAUGAUAACGAUUAAUGUAUCAAGAGGCUGGACAGGCUUGGAGACGAGUGUAAAUGAAAUGUUCCCAAUAUUUUUACCUAAUGUUAAAAAUUGUUUUUUUUAUGUACCUUGUGUUCAAUAAUACUGCUCUAUCGAUCGAUAUGACAUCAUGUAAAUUGUAAAUAGCUCAGUCAGUCAUCUGUCCUGUUCAGUUAGAUCUCCAGGUUUUAGCCUGUAGAUCUAAGUCUCUCCUCUCCACCGCCACAUUCAUUGUUCUCUUUUUCGAUCAAGGGAAAACCACUUUAAAAUUAAUAGUUGCAACAAAAAAAAUGUAAAAUUACAAUUUACUGUUGAGAGGUGUUGGAUGAUUUCAGGUGUGUAGAGGACAGGGAGAAUCCAAACGUCCAGCAUUCUAUGACCAAUCAAUUGUGGAGAAAGAGAAACACAAGCACAAAAUCCCAUUUCUCAUCAGCCCAGCUCUAUGCACUUUUAAAAUUGGGUUUGAAGCAUUAUUAGUCUACGUUCCAUAAAAACUCCAUCUUUUGGAGUGCAGAAAUGUGCACUCCGGGCUUGAUUAGCCAUGUAGUGGAGUGCACUACCGAACCACUAGAUUUCAGAUGAUUGGCUCAAACUUCAACAAUGAUGUAUUUUAUUUCCAGAGUUUGAAGGGGAAAAGAGAGUACUGACUGUGAUAUUAGGGACUUAAGUCUAGUCCCCUGAGUAGUCUCCACUUCUCAUCCGUAGCCCUCUACCGUGGAACCCUACCUUACAAACUAGCCUGUGCCAUUGAAAUGCCAACUCUCCCAAAUCAGCUAGAUUAAUACUGGUAUAAACCUUCUAAUGAUCUAUUAGUAUUACCAGGGCAACACAACAUGAAGCCACUUCCAUAGAAAUAGGGAAUGCAAUGUCAUUGCAUUUGGCUAUCAAUUCUAAAUCUUGGGUAUGUUUCUGGUAGCAUCCCAGCUCUGUUCCACCUUCAUUAAGUUGUUAAAGAAUAUAGGAGAGUCAGAGAGAGAAAUGUGGUGAUGAUGUCUCUAGCCACACAAACUCAUUAUACAUACAGUACAGUUAGAGCCAGUGAGAAAAAUACUAUAAACUAAAUAUACAUCUAUAAAUAAAGUGAAAGAUGUUGUAUGUUUUCUAAUAUCUUAGAAAAUACUUUUGUAAGUAUGUUGAAAGUGAAGUAUUUGCUGGAUUCUGCUUCCUUGGACAACAGUGGUGAAAACAAUAAUGUACAGAGGAAUUUGUGUUGAUGAUAUAUUCAAAACAAUGUGGCUGUGCAAUUUAUGUACAUUUGCAACUAGACUUAUUAAAGUUUUAUUUAGCUAUUUUAA